CUCUGACGCAGCACACGAAAACAAUAUUUAAUAGAAAACACAUGGAGAGAUCCAAUAACUUUUUUCCUUGUCGAUAAGACGAUAAACAGACGUCAUUGAAAGUAAAUUGAGAUAUCUCAAUAAAAAAUGAAUUUAUCUCUCCAGUCACAAGCAGGCAGUCAAGACAGUUAGUCAUAGUUCAUAGUGUACUUUCAUAAAAUAAAAAUAAUUUUCUAUACACAAAAAUGAGAACAAGUGACAUUGUGUCGAAAAUAGUUCAAGUAUGCGUUCUUAGCCUUCUGAUAAUGCCACAUUUUUCAUGGAGCUUAUUUGAGGGCUGCGACGAAAGUUAUAGUCUUGACACAGAUGAAAACAUAACAAUUUCAUCUCAUGCAACCUUGAAUGCCAAAAAUGUGUCAUCAUGUCGUUACAUCAUCGCUGCACCACCAAAUUAUGUCGUAAAAGUAACUUGUGAGCUUAAAUUUGAUCAACUCGAUUCAACAUUCUGUCGUACAAAACGUUUUUUUGUGUCAGUUGAUGGAAUCUCAAGUUUGAAUCAUGCACACAAUUUUUGCAAUAAAAAUGAAACAAUAAGAAUCAUCAGACGACGAAGUGUCAUGAAUCGCUUAGUUAUGGCUUAUGUUUCGAAACGUGAUCUUGAGGAUGAAACAUUUACGUGUACAGCAUGGAGAGUUAAAUCCAAAUGUGAGUGCGGUUGGUCCAGGCGAGCGCGAAUUUACAAUGGUGAAAAUGCACAAAUGCAUGAAUUCCCAUCGAUGAUUGCACUUGUUGCCAUAUCCCUUAAUAAAGUAUUUUGCGGUGGUGUCAUAAUAAGCGAAAAAUAUGGGUUGACUGGCGCUCAUUGUUUCAAUGAACCGGAAUAUUCUAAUUUAACAAAUAUUGCUGCGUAUGUUGGAGAACAUGAUUUGAGUACAGCAAAUGAAACCAUUUAUACAGAAUCAUAUGAAUUGGAAGAGUUCAUGCAACAUGAAGGUUAUUCUCAGGACUCGUUUACACAAGACUAUGACAUUGCAUUGAUAAAGUUUAAAAAGCCUAUAGCAUUCAAUCUUGCUGUUGGUCCUGCAUGUCUACCAUUCAAUUAUAACCAUGAAGCAUUUGAUACAAAUUACGUGUAUGCUAUUGGAUUUGGUUAUCUCGAGUUUUUCAGUCAGGAACAAUCGAAAAUUCUACAGAAAGUUCUAUUGCAAAUAUUACCAGCCGACAAAUGCAAAGACUCAGAAAUUAAUGCCAGCAAAAUGUGCACAUUUGAGCAGAAUAAAGAUAGUUGUGUGUCAGACAGUGGCGGUCCAUUGAUUCUAUUCAUAAAAGGACGACAACAUGUUGUUGGAUUGAUUAGCUAUGGAAUUGGUUGUGGUACACCAUAUCCAUCAGUUAAUACACGAGUCACAUCAUAUAUUCCAUGGAUUUUGAAAAAUACUUACGAUGACACGAUAUGUCGGAACUGAGGAGGAUUAUAAUAUCAAUAUUAGGAAAAUCAGGGAAUUUUAAUUUAUUGAAAAAUAAAAUGUGAAUUUUUAUUACUAAAAUCUCGAA